UGCUUGGUCAACUACGCCAGCCUGGUGGCCACGAACGCUGCCCGCUUCCGCCUCCUUGCUGGUCCAGACAUGAAGCUGAUGGAGAUGGGGCUCCGCCGCGCUCAGGGGCCGGAUGGUGCCCUUUCAGCUUCCAAGUACUCCUACAUCGGGGGCUUUGACAGCACCAGCAACGUCCUGGCGGGGAAGCUCUACGACAUCCCGGUGCGUGGCACCAUCGCCCAUUCCUUCAUCAUGUCCUUCACCUCGCUGGAGGAGGUGCAGCCCCGGGAGCUGCCGCCGCGGGCAGGAGGAGAACCAGUGGAUCUCCUGGCCCUGGCCAUGUCGUGGCUGCAGCGGGUGUGUGAGCUGCUGCAGACCCCUCCUGAGAGGGCGAACCAGGGGGAACUGGCUGCAUUCGUGUCCUAUGCCAUCACCUUCCCCAGUGACUUCCAGGGGCUGCUGGACACGUACUGUGUGAGGAGGAGCGGGUUGCCAAACUUCUGUGCGGUGGCACUGGCGCUGCAGCAGUUGGGGUAUCGCGCCAUCGGCGUGCGCCUGGACAGCGGGGACCUGGCCCAGCAGUCCAAGGAGAUCCGCCGGGUGCUGCGAGCCUGUGGUGCUCACUUCCAGGUGCCCUGGUUUGAGACCAUCCCCAUCGCUGUCAGCAACGACAUCAGUGAGCAGAGCCUGGAGGAGUUCACUAGGGAGGGGAGUGAGAUUGACAUGAUCGGCAUUGGGACCAACCUGGUGACGUGUCCCCUGCAGCCAUCCCUGGGCUGUGUCUACAAGCUGGUGGAGGUCAAUGGCUCCCCAUGCCUGAAGCUCACAGAAGAUGAGGAGAAGAUGACAAUCCCAGGGACUAAGACGAUCUAUCGGCUCUAUGAUGCUGCUGGUCACCCCUUCAUGGACCUCAUGGCACUGGAGGAGGAGCCCUCACCCAGUGCAGGGCAGGAGCUGGUGGUCCAUGUCCUGGGGCAGCUUGGUGAGCCCAGCAAGGUGUUGCCCACCACCGUGGAGCCCCUUCAUCGCAUCUACUUCAGAGAUGGCCAGGUGUGUGAGCCUCUGCCCAGCCUGCCCGAGGUGAGGACCCACGCGCAGGUGUCCCUCAGCCUCCUCAACCCCGCUCACCGCCGGCUCCACCACCCACAGCCCUACCCGGUGGCAGUGACAGAGAAGCUCCACCAGCUCCUCACCACGCUGCAGCAGGCCAGCCAGUGA